UGUGCGAAUGUCAUUUAUUUUUAAAGUCACGUUUUCGUAAUUCAGUUGAACUAUUAAAUUGCGAAAUUGAAAAUAAUGAUGUCUGAAACGAAAACUGAUUUGUCGGAUUGGAAUCCCAUGGCCGAUGAGUUUAAUGAUGAGAGAUUUAACAAGUAUGAUACCAUCAACGAAGCACCAUCGGAUGACAAAAGCGAGGAUCGAAAUACGAAACAGGUCAAAUAUCCAUAUUUGGUUGUUAAAAAGGAGAAGCAGCUUAUUACAGAAAAUGUGCUCCGAAACUUUUUUGGCAACAGCAUUAUUUAUGAUAUAGAAUAUCGUUUGAAAUCAUGCGUAUAUUUCGUAUAUUUUCAUAAUAUGUGUUCCAUUGAGGCUGCUUGGUCAAAGAUACGCCAGUUUCCAAACAUUAUUCAUUGUGUUCAGGGUCGAUCAAAUCAAAAUCAAACUCUUUUACCGAGUUUGCCAAAUGAUAAUGUAGGAAAUACAGAGCCGGAGCCAGCUCCCGCUCCAACUUCGAUUGAUUCCAACCCCGUGGACUUGGAUGCCCGUAAGAUACAGGUGUCAGCAAAGCGGAACAAGCAUCCAGAAUUCUUCAAGGCCCCCAUAGUUAUCAAAGCGGACUAUACUGUCAAUAACUCCUUAUUGGCCUUGAACGAUGAGAUGUUACGCUAUCUGAAUGUUAGGUUUGAGUUCGCUCUGGAGCGCCAUGGAGCUCACAUACUGCAUGAGACCUUGGAUAAAGAUCAGGCCAUUCUUCACUUUCGUUCUGGUCGCAUUAUAGUUACCCCCAAAAUGCAGCUUGAGACGCAGGAAUCGGAUGGAGAUUUAAUGAGUGUGCCGGCGGUGACCAAGUGCUUGGCCUGCAAUUGUUACACUGACAACAGUUGCCGAUUCUGCAAGAUACCAUUCUGUAAUCCCGUUUGCUUUGAGGCUCUCUCUGUGGCCCACAAAGAGAACUGCGACAAAGUCAGUCCGCCGGUGUUGGAUGAUACAACUGUGCCACAGUUCACAAAACCAAAGUUGCCACCAUCCGGUGCCACUGUGAAGAUUACCUCCUUCGAGCAGAGCAACGUGUUGUACGUACGCUCAGCUGAAAUAGUCGCCGAGGUGGCAUACUACAAGGUCCUCUCAGAUGUCAUGAUGCAGGGCAAAUCCUCAACCAAGUUGACCAAAUUGCCGCAAUGCGGCCAGAUCGUCAUCUAUAAGUUUGAUUUACAGAUAGUUCGAGCCAUGGUGCUUAAUGUUGAUAAUCCAAAGGCCAUUUAUGUGGUCUGCGUGGACUUUGGCAGUGUGGAGAUCACAACACUUGAAAAUCUUUACGAGUGCAACGAUUAUUUGACAUCCUUGCCUCGCUAUGCUGUUCCCGUGAUGCUACGCAAUGUGCCAAGACGCUACAUGUGCCCCAAUCUGCGGGAGAUGAUGUAUGAACUGGACCACAAUUACACAUUUAUACUCAAGUACUCCGUACGGGAGUAUGACUUUCAAAGGGGCAUGCAACGUGUUGUCCUGAUUGAGAGUGAGCUGAAUCGCAGCUUAAAUCGUUUAAUUCAAACGAUUCUGACACCGAUACAACCUUCAAUUUCGGAAGAUGGUUUUAAAGAGGAUUAUCUGCAGCACAUUCAUUUGCCCACUGGCAAGAACUUGGAUUUGGUCAUCAUGGAUAACUCAUUCCUCAAAUUUGGUGUGGUUCACUGCACCAUUUUGGAUUUUGCAUACGAAAUCACUCGGAUGCAACGCGACAUUCAGCACUAUGCUGAAUCCUCAACUUGUUCAUUUUAUGCUCCUCCGAAAAACGAUUUGUGUAUUGCCCAAUACCAGGACAAGUGGUGCCGAGGAUUGUGCAUGGAACUGGUGGGCGAUGGUCAUCCCAGUAUACUGUUUAUAGACUACGGAAACAUUGUGCCAGUACACGUUGAUAACAUACGGCCGUAUCCACCACAGUUUACAUUCCCUAUAUUGACUACUGAAUACGAGUUGAUUGGCUUGCCAGCUGACCCAAGUGAGGAGUUGUUGGCUCGACUGGAGAAGCAUCUGGCUGUUAGUGCCAUUGUCAACUUCGACGAGGUCAUUUACAACAAGGAUGAAAACAAUUAUUCACUGAGCAUAGACUCCUUGAUGGAGUAAACUCUAUAUAUGCUUAUUAAUAGCGCUGACCAAAUAUAAAUUUAAUUAAACAUUGAAAUAUAAACUUUAACA